AUGGCGCAAUAUUUCUUCGACCUCCUCUACAACUUUACGGAUUGCAUGUGUUGCUUUCCAAGCACACCGCAGCUGAAGAUUAAUAACAGGAGUUUCAAGCUUCUGCGACUGCUAGGCGAGGGUGGUUUCUCCUACGUUUACCUCGUCCAAGAUAAGACAACCUCGGAACUGUUCGCGCUCAAGAAAAUCCGCUGCCCGUUCGGCCAAGAAUCCGUCUCGCAAGCCCUGAAGGAAGUCGAAGCUUACAGCCUGUUCACAUCGACGGACAACAUCAUCCACGCGAUUGAUCACUGCGUCUCGAAAGAAUCUGGAUCCAAAUUCCGGUCUGAUGGUGGCGAGCCUGGCUCAAAAACAGUCUAUAUUCUGCUGCCAUACUACCAACGGGGCAACCUCCAAGAUGCCAUUAACGCCAACCUGGUCAAUCACACUCGAUUCCCGGAGAAGCGACUGAUGAUGUUGAUGCUGGGCGUGGCCAAAGCCUUGAAGGCCAUGCAUCAGUAUCGAGUUCAGAGCGGCUCCGCAUCGACUCGCAAGGCCAAGGGCGUGCGAAGAGAGGGUGAGGAGGCGGAUGACGAGAGGACAAUGCAGAUGAAGCCUAAGCGGCGCGCCAGCCAUCGCGCGGAUGAUGAGGAUGAGGAGAAUGAGCCAUUGAUGGAUGAUGAGGUGACGCGCAGUCAGGAGGGCGUGCAGGAGGGUGGUCUGCGCCCUUAUGCGCACCGUGAUAUCAAGCCGGGUAAUAUCAUGAUUGACGACGAUGGUCAGACCCCUAUUUUGAUGGACCUCGGUUCCCUCGCCCCGAGUCCCAUUGCCAUCACAUCCCGCUCCUUGGCCUUGGCAGUGCAGGAUACCGCCGCCGAGCAUAGCACGAUGCCAUACCGCGCCCCAGAACUCUUCGACGUGAAGACGGGAUCCAUCAUUGACACAAAAGUUGACAUCUGGUCUUUGGGUUGCACACUAUAUGCCUGUCUAGUGGGUAAGAGCCCCUUCGAGGCUCGUAGUGAUGAGACCGGUGGUAGCCUGAGCAUGUGCGUGCUCGGCGGCGACUGGCGAUUCCCGGACGAAAAGACCACCGCCACCAAGGGCAAGGGCAAGGUUGGCGUUGAUGCCGACAACUCAUCCGGCAGCAGCGAGCAAGUGAUCAGUGCUCCUGUCAAGGAGGUUGUUCGCAAGUGUCUGCAAGUCGAGGCGGCGGAACGUCCGGAUAUCGAUGAGUUGAUCCAAAUCAUGCAGGAUGUCAUCAGCGAGUUGCCGGACGACGAUGGCAUCGCGUAG